AUGCCGUUGAAGAUGGUUAAAAAGUUUGGGCACUACAUCGUAACGGCGAUAGUUCUGGCUGCGAUGGGUCUCCUGAUUAACUCCUGGCAGAAUGUGGUGGAUAAAAAACACACAUAUGAAGUAAGCGAUGCUGUGAUAUCUGCGUUUCGUAGCAAUGAUAGCGAGAUACUUGAUCCAAGACGCCAGGACAUUCAGUUUUUUACAAAAAAUGGCGAUAACAGUUUCAAUCGUGGCACACUCGACAGUGGUGCCAAGACGCAACAUAUAAUUAUAUUGGCAGCCUUUAGGACUGGUUCCAGCUUUACAGCAGAAUUAUUCAAUCGCAAUGACGACUUCUUCUACGUGUUUGAACCGGGCCUUCUUCUAACACAAUGUGCGAUGAAAUCGGGGAUGUCGGAUGCUGUCUUCCCUGCGCUAUAUUCGCAAAUGUUAGAAAACAUAUUACACUGCGACUUUGAAAUUGCAAGCAUGCAAUGUUAUCUGCAAGAACUCUCCGCUUUGUCAAAUUCGUCGAGAUUACGCUAUAUUCCGUCACUCCAAUGUAAACACUCCAAUGUGAAACCAUGUUCGAUAUCAGCUGAAUCUCUAGGGGAGGUAUGCAGGAACAAAAAACACAUUGCUGUUAAAACCAUACGCGUUAGACAGAUAAAUGAGGCAUUGCAUUUAAUACGCGGUGAAACGCUAAACACUAAACUCGUGCACGUAAUAAGAGACCCUCGUGGUAGGAUCGCUUCGUGGUUGAAGUUGAAAAGAGGGGCCAAACCCAAGUAUGACUCGGAUGACUUAGAUAUGCAAACGAUGUGGACUGCAAACACAUACUGUCAACAAAUGUUAGAUAAUUAUAUAAUUGGACGUACUAUGACUAAUAUCGGAUAUUUCGACACCAAAUAUACAUUCGUUAGAUACGAAGACAUGGCGGAGAACCCAGAAUUAUCGGCGGAAGGUCUGUAUAAAACAUUAGGAUUACAUUUCCCAACAAGUAUUCGUGACUGGCUACAGGAUAACACAAAGACGAGUAAAGGCGGCGAUUUUGGGACAAGUCGAAACUCCAAACAACAAGCCCAAAGCUGGAGAAGUAAGCUAACAUUGGCAGCAGUGAGAGCUGUGGAAGCACUGUCGCCGUGCAAAAAAUUACUCUCCACCUUAGGCUAUGUGACUCCCCAAAAUAACUCUAUUCUUUUGAACCUGAACAUCAGUCUAGUUCAGAAAGUGCCGGAUUUUAUAAUAAAGGAACACAAUGCUACAUGGAGACAUUUUUAUUGA